GUGUUCCUCUUUACAUCUUCAGCCAAGAAUAUCUGGGGGGAAUUGCGGAUGCAGACUCUCAGCUAUUGGACUGUGACUUCAUAAUUUGUAUAUAAUGUCCCUAAAAGCAAAAUGCUCUCCACCAUUGAAAUGAAAAGGCAAAAUCAAAGCUCUGUGGCUGAAUUCAUCCUCCUGGGCUUUUCUGACUUUCCUGAACUCCAAGAGCAGCUCUUUGGGGUUUUCUUGGUUGUCUACCUGGUGACUCUGUUGGGAAAUGUCAUCAUUAUAGUCAUCAUCUCCUUGGAACAGAGCCUCCAUGUGCCCAUGUACCUGUUCCUCCAGAACUUGUCUGUGGUGGACGUGAGUUUCAGUGCAGUCAUUAUUGCAGUCAUUAUGCCUGAAAUGCUGGUGGUCCUCUCCACUGAGAAAACGUCGAUUUCAUUUAUAAGCUGUUUUGCACAGAUGUAUUUCAUUCUUUUUUUUGGUGGCACUGAAUGUUUUCUCCUGGGGGCGAUGGCUUAUGACCGAUUUGCUGCAAUCUGUCAUCCUCUGAACUACCCAAUGAUUAUGAACAAAAGGGUUUUCAUGAAACUACUUAUAAUGUCAUGGGCCUUAGGUUUCAUGUUAGGUACUGUGCAGGCAUCAUGGGUUUUCAGUUUUCCCUUCUGUGGCCCCAAUGAAAUCAAUCAUAUCUCUUGUGAAACCCCAGCAGUGCUAGAACUUGCAUGUGCAGAUACCUUUCUGUUUGAAAUCUAUGCAUUCACUGGCACCAUUUUGAUUGUCAUGGUUCCUUUUGUGUUGAUUCUCUUGUCUUACAUUCGGAUUCUCUUUGCCAUCCUGAAGAUGCCAUCAGCCACUGGGAGGCAAAAGGCCUUUUCCACCUGUGCCUCCCACCUCACGUCUGUGACCCUCUUCUAUGGCACGGCCAAUAUGACUUAUUUACAACCGAAAUCUGGCUACUCCCCAGAAACCAAGAAGCUGAUGUCAUUGUCUUACUCACUUCUUACACCUCUGCUGAAUCCACUGAUCUACAGUUUGAGAAACAGUGAGAUGAAAAAAGCUUUGAUGAAACUGUGGCGCAGAAAAGUGGAUUCACACCCAUUCUGA